AAAGAGAGAGAGAGAGAUAGAAAGAGGAGGAGAGAGAGGCAGCGAAUGAGAGGAGAGGCUCGCAGGCAGCGCCGCGCCACUGUUCCGACUGGAUUGUACUUGAACGGGAGUUCGCGGUUUGGCAGGUUUAUCCACAUCAAAACAGAACAAAGAGACGGUGCUAUAAAAGAAGAGAGGGAGAGAGCAGCGGAGGGAAGAAAAGCAACUUGAAUUACAAAAGAAGUGAGGACGCUCUCCGCUUUUUCCGCAUCCAAGGCUGGACGUAAAAAACUGGCGAAUUUCUGGAAGGAGGCUUUUUGUUUUUGUUUGUUUGUUUGUUUGUUUUUCUUUCUUCCUUCCUGAAAGUUUGUUUGGGACGCUUCCGAUUUGAAUUUUGAUGUCCGCGAUCUCGGUGCGAAACUUUCCCCCGCGGACUGCACAUGGUUUCAAAGGGCUUUCAGAGGAGCUGGGAUAUCUUUCCACGUCGUCCACGCUGAACACUCUCCGCUAGAAUGUUGUAAAUACGCGCGGGUUUUGCUCCAGCCGCUCCUCUGCGUCUAUCAGCGCAUCCAAAGAAGAAGAAGAAGAAGAAGAGACUGCACGGACUUUUAAAAAGACUGAAUAAUUCAUGAGAUACAAUUUGCCUGCUGGAAAGAAGUGACUGUAAAAAAAAAAAAGAAAGAAAGAAAAAAAAAGGGAGGGGAGUUGUCCACAAAUAUAUUCAUAAGGGUUGACGGGAUGGCCACCGCGGCUUCCAAUCCUUAUCUGCCCAGCAAUAGCAUCUUAUCGUCCGGCUCCAUCGUGCACUCUGACUCCGGGGGCGGCGGCAUGCAGCCCGGCAGCGCCGCGGUCACCUCCGGGUCCGGAGGUUACAGGGGAGACCCCACGGUCAAGAUGGUGCAAAGUGACUUUAUGCAAGGCGCCAUGGCAGCGAGCAACGGGGGGCACAUGCUGAGCCAUGCCCACCAGUGGGUGACGUCCCUGCCGCACGCCGCGGCGGCCGCAGCCGCAGCCGCGGUGGCCGCGGCCGAGGCCGGCUCGCCCUGGUCGUCCAGCCCGGUCGGGAUGACCGGCAGCCCGCAGCAGCAGGACGUUAAGAGCUCCGCCAGAGACGAUCUGCACACGGGCACCGCGCUGCACCACAGGCCGCCUCACUUAGCUCCGCACCACACGCACGCCGGGGCGUGGGGCAGCACCACGGCGGCGCACAUCAACUCCAUCUCCGGCGGGCAGCAGCAGCAGCAGCAGCAGUCGCUCAUCUACUCGCAGCCGGGGGGCUUCACUGUGAACGGCAUGCUGAGCCCCGGCAGCCAGAGCCUGGUGCACCCCGGCCUGGUGCGGGGGGACACCCCGGACCUGGAGCACGGCAGCCACCACCACCACCACCACCACCAGCACCCGCACCACCAGCACCACACCGCCGUCAACAGCCACGACCCGCACUCGGAUGACGACACGCCGACGUCGGACGACCUGGAGCAGUUCGCCAAGCAGUUCAAGCAGCGGCGGAUCAAGCUGGGCUUCACGCAGGCGGACGUGGGCCUGGCGCUGGGCACGCUGUACGGGAACGUGUUCUCGCAGACCACCAUCUGCAGGUUCGAGGCGCUGCAGCUCAGCUUCAAGAACAUGUGCAAGCUGAAGCCGCUGCUGAACAAGUGGCUGGAGGAGGCCGACUCGUCCACGGGGAGCCCCACCAGCAUCGACAAGAUCGCGGCGCAGGGCCGCAAGCGCAAGAAGCGCACCUCCAUCGAGGUGAGCGUCAAGGGGGCCCUGGAGAGCCACUUCCUCAAGUGCCCCAAGCCGUCGGCGCAGGAGAUCAGCUCGCUGGCGGACAACCUGCAGCUGGAGAAGGAGGUGGUCAGAGUGUGGUUCUGCAAUAGGAGGCAGAAGGAAAAGCGGAUGACGCCGCCAGGAGUGGCGCAGACGCCGGAGGAUGUGUACUCUCAGGUCGGCAAUGGGCAUUUUUUAGUAGAUUACUUAAAAGAUGAAGCGAGCGACCAGAGGGUGACAACCACAAGUUCAUUCCACCAGGUAAUUUUGGCGCAUUGAGAAGAGGAACUUCUCCUUAAUAAUUUUUCAUCAUUUUUUUUUUUCCUCUCUCCCUCCUGAAAAGUAAACACACCCCCUCCCAACCUGCACUCCCCUUCUUCUUUAUCAUGUUUAUUGCAAAACAAAACAAAAGCGAGAGAGAGAGAGAGAGAGAGACAUUUUGUAUAUUUGAAAAGAAAACCGGGACUGAAUCAUUCUCCAGAGAGGAUCCACGACGCUUCCAGCUUCCUGAUUAUUUUUUUCUGGAUUUUUCUUUUUUUUUUCUGCCAAUUUUUCUAUCCUAUAUUCCUCCUCCUCCUCCUCUUCCUCCCAUCCCCUCACUCCAUCACUUCUUCGUCACCUUUUAAAGAGGAGAGCAGAAGCAGGAACUGUCUGUGAUCUCAAAGAUCACCUCCUUUCCUUCCCCCCCCCCCUUGUCGUUAUUUAACGGAGACACUUGAGUGGAUUUUUUUUUUCUUCCUCUCCCACCGAGGAGAAAACGGGACAUUUGAGCUGCACUUAUUUCAGAUUUAACAACAGAAACAAAAACAAAACAAACACACACACACACACACACACACACAAAAAAAAAAAAAAUCUGUUGCCAAGUGUGACUGAGUGUGGAUUAUUGCUGCCCUUUGUAAGCAGGAUUCUUUGGUAGGUUUUAAUAAACGACAAAAAAAAAAUAUAUAAAAAAACACACACACAAUGUAAAGCUGGCAAUAUAGUUCAUCAGAUCAGAUUUUUAUUUUUGUUUUUAAUAUUUUAUCCCAAACGGUAAUUUAUUCCUCUGUUUUUAUGCUUUAUUUCUGGAUCAUAUUUUCCUCUAAAAGGAGCACAAAUCACCACGAGCAGACCGUUUGUUCUAUCUAGGUAAUAAGGGUAUAUUUUGAUGUGAAUUUCUUCUUCUCCUUUUUUUUUUUUUUUUCUUUGCUCUUAUUUUUUUAUUUCGACUGUAUAUUUAAUUUGCAGUAGUGGUUCCGUACGAGCUGACUGAGACAAUAAAUUUGUUAGAAUGAAACGCAA